GGUGUCAAGGGGGAGCCCGGAGCCCCCGGUCCAGAUGGGCCUCCAGGGAAGCCGGGUAUUGAUGGCCUGACGGGAGCCAAAGGGGAGCCGGGACCUGUUGGAGGGCCAGGACUUAAAGGCCAGCCUGGACUCCCAGGGCCACCAGGGCUCCCCGGUCCUUCACUGCCAGGACCACCUGGGCUUCCAGGCCAGGUUGGGCUUCCUGGAGAGAUCGGAACGCUGGGACCCAAGGGUGAUCCUGGCCCCGAUGGCCCGCGGGGUCCCCCAGGCCCUCCAGGGAAACCCGGCCCCCCAGGACACAUCCAAGGACUGGAAGGCAGUGCUGAUUUCUUGUGCCCGACCAGCUGCCCACCAGGCCCCAAGGGCCCCCAAGGACUGCAGGGACUGAAGGGACACCGAGGCCGCCCCGGUGCCCUCGGGGAGCCCGGCAAGCAGGGCAGGCAGGGCCCCAAGGGUGACGUUGGUGUCUCUGGAGAACAGGGCGUCCCAGGCCCUCCGGUAACGUGCUCCUUUCUCUUGGCUGGUCUCCCCGCUGGGUCCCCGGGGGCGGGGGCCAGCCGACCUGGCUGGGGGCUGAGGUUGGGAGAGGAGGAACUGCAGGGUCCUGCUGGUUACAAGGGGAUGGUCGGGACCAUUGGAGCGGCCGGGCGGCUGGGCAGGGAAGGCCCCAAGGGACCACCCGGGGACCCCGGUGAGAAGGGAGAUCUGGGUGGCCGUGGCAUCAGGGGUCCCCAAGGAGACAUUGGCCCCAAGGGUGAGAAUGGUCUCCCCGGCAUCGAUGGCAAGGAUGGCACCCCGGGGAUCCCAGGUGUGAAGGGCAGUGUGGGACAGGCCGGCCCCCCAGGCACGCCGGGACAUCGGGGCCAAGCUGGCUUGCCGGGCCAGCCAGGAAGCAAAGGUGGCCCAGGAGACAAGGGUGACCGGGGUGAGCGUGGCCCCGUGGGCCCCCCCGGCGAGCAGGGCAGAACGGGGCCAAAGGGUGAGCGGGGUCCACCAGGGAUCCCAGGACCUCAAGGCUUGCCAGGAAUCAAAGGAGACAAGGGCUCCCCAGGGAAAACUGGUCCCAAAGGCAGUACUGGGGACCCCGGCGUUCACGGCCUCGUGGGGCUGAAGGGAGAGAAG